UUAAUAAAAUUUAUAUUGAAUUAUCUGUAAAUGCAAACGGUCCAUCAACCAGUAGAAAUAGAAAGUAGACUCAAACAAGCCUGAGGCCCUAACUGCCAAUUCCAGAACCGGCUUGGCAUACUCGAAACUGAUUUGAUGAAGUCAAGGGCUGAAUGAAUAAAACUUAAAUAAAGAAAUUGCGAGCCUUCAGAAGGUGAUAUCUGUUGAUGGAAGGAGCACAAAUGACACCUCCUCCACUGCCUUACUCCCUAGUGAGUUCAAGGAACUUUGGAAGGAAUUAACCACUGAGAAAAUAAUUGAUGCCUUUGCAAACUUUUAUGAUGACCAGCACUUAUAUAUCCUGCUGAUUCAAACAACAUUUAAUAUUUGUCAGUUGGAAAUCAAAAAUUUGAUUCAGAGGAAAUAAAGAUGAAAUCAUAGGGGUUCUAAGCAUCUCUCAAGAAGAGGAUAAGAGGUCAGUAUCAACAAGGAUCGAGAAGGUAUUCCAGAUCUACUCAAGGUACAUAUUUAAGUACGAUAAAACUUUCUGAACUGAGAUUUCAAACAAGCUGCUGGAAACUUUAAAGACAAAGUUUAAGACAUCACUCCCCGCAGAAGAAUUCUGCAAAUUGUUUGAAGAUGGAGACGCCAGUACUCCAUCACCAGACUUGGAAGAGAUGAUGGAGUGAGAGGAGUUUGAAGGAUGCAUAAAGAUCCUCCAUACUUUGUGCCUGAAUAUGAUCCUGAGUGAUCCUCCCAUAACUAUAGAGCUUAUGGAAUUUGUAAAUUUAGAAAAUGAUAAACAAGUUCAUGAUCUUGAGGAGAUAUUCUCCAGUCUUAUAACCUCAAUGAGCUACGAUAAAACCCAGCAUGAGUGAAUGGAUGGAUUUCCUUCAGAAAAUAAGCCUUGUCUCUUGGUCCUGAACCCUCCUAAGAAGCAGAACUCAAAUUUUGUAGGGAUUAAGAAGAGUGUCGUGAUGGUUGACAAGCAAUAUGAAAAAUUUGUUACUCCACAAAAAGCCAACGAUACAAAAUUGGCUACUCAAGAAUCAACUACUUCUAAUGAAUUGGAGACUCCAUUUAAGGCCACUGAAGAGGAUCAUUUAGUAGAGGAGAUUGAUAUCUCUCCAAUAGAUGUUUCAGUCAAAAAUAUUGCAAAGACAGUUGAAAGGCCUUUAAAGAAUCCCUCUAGAGGAAUAGAGUAUUACGACCCAAGCUAUGAAACGAAAGAUACUCAUGUCUUUGAUGACACUGAGAUCAAGAAGAACUUGAUCAGGCAUAAAUUUGACAAUAUUCCUAACUUUUCUUCUGUGAACAAGAGGUCAAGCUACUGAAGCACAAACAAGGCGACUGAUUACAAGUUCUAUAAUCCUAUUGGAACUGAGAAGAAUAGCCAUAGAAAAUACAAUAAGAAUCAGACAAAGAGGGCUCGAGAAGAAUUUAAGUAUAAGAAGACAGAAUCUCAGAGACCAAGCACAAGCCGGUUGUCUGAGAAAUCCCAGCCUUCAAAGGCGCAUAAGAGAGGAAAGGGCUCGAUAGUUGUCACUAGGGCUGAGAAUACCUUCUAUAAUGAGAUUAGUCACUCUUAUUGGAACUACCUUAAAGAAAAAGGAAGAGCAGAAUGUAGUAAUAGAAAUUCUAUUGAGUCACAGAACUAUAUCUGAUCUAAUAAAGCAUUUAAGACUCUUAAGGAGAAGAAGCCUAAAAAGAAGAAGAGAGAUAGCUGUACCAAAAAGGUCUCUGUAAUUAGGAGGAAGAUUUCAAAAACCAAAACAGCUAAGAUGACUGAAAAUAAAUAUAAGAGAUUCGUUUCUAGGAACGGGAUGAAGAAUCCGAAUGAAAGGUACGGUCAGGGAACUCAACCAUCUCUGAAGGAGAACAAUAGUACUAAGUUCCUUGAACCUCAGAAGACGAUCAGUAACUCCCAAUCAAAGAGCAAGCUCAAGUAUCUCCCUUUGAAGUCAAGGACUUAUGAAAUCUCAGGGACAUGUCCUGGAAAAGUGUUGAGGAAAAGUAAAAAGACAAAUUUAUAUAAAUAAGAACUUUCAAACA